GUUCUAGAUCAGCAACCUUUCUCAAACUGAGAGCUACUUCAUCGAAACCAGCAUGGAGAUCCACCUGUUCCUCUGGAUCUUCUCUGCGUUGACGUCCUGCGUGAGCGCGGGGAGCGGUUUUAACGACAAGUCGGACCUGGAUCCCAGCCUUUACAACCAGGACUGGAUGGGAUCCAUCCCUGACGAGACCUUCAUCUCCGCUAUUCCCAUCCCUGGAACCCAAGAGAGCCUGAGCCUGACGGGAGGAGCGCUCGUAGUGUCGCAGGUGUGGAGUCUGGAAAAGCAGCUGAGAGUGGGAGUUCGUUAUUUUGACCUCCGUGCAUGGAUUUGGUUGUCCAGCAGCACGGACAUCGACAUCCGCAGCGGCAACUGGGGGAUUCCACAGGGCGCCACCUUGGCCUCCGUCUUCAGGGAGGUUCUGGGGUUCCUGGACGCCCACCGCAGCGAGGCUGUGCUGAUGAAGGUGACGCCGAGCGGCUUAUUCAAGGACAGAGUGGCGCAGAAGGUGAAGAAGCUGGUUGAGAAGUUUGAAAGCAGAAUCUGGGCGAAGGUGUCGGUGCCGACGCUGAAGCAGGUCCGGGGCAAGAUCGUUUUCCUGCAGAACAAGCACUUUACGUGGGGAACCGAGAACCACAAGUCUAAGUUCUUUGAGUCCAACAAGCUAACUGAUGUUGAGUAUAAAAUCAAACACGUGCGGUGGCAUCUGUGCGGCCAUUACAUCCUCCUGACCGAGACCGCCAGCCCGCUCUACAGGAGCCCGAAGACCCUGGCCCGGUCCGUCAACCAGCAGCUCAGCCACCUGGUGAGGUCCAGGAGGAGGUCCGGCUGCCUGGGCGUCCUCAGCCUGGCCUUCCCCAGCGCCGCCCUCAUCAGAGACAUCAUCCGCCUGGGGGUCUGCAGCUGUGGGCCACCAGAACCAUCCGGACCUGGACCAGAACCACCGGCCUCCGCAGAACCAGGAGCAGAACAUGGAGGAGAACGUGCAGAACCUGCAGGACCUGAACCCAAACCAGGACCAGAAACAGGAGAACCUACAGUAAAACCUGAAGAACCAGUGAGAACCUAA